GACACUGCACAAGCACGUAAAGUCCCUUACUCCCGAAUUGGACGCCUAAUGUCCUUCGGGGGUCUAGCAGCUGGAUUAGGAGUGGGCACUAUUGCAGAAAUGACUCGCCGAUCCCUGGGUGUGAAAGAUGUCAAUGGCAGUGGAUCUUUAUUAGAUGGCUCACCCUUCUUGACAGAGGCAAAUGCGAAAAGAAUUGUUAAUACGUUGUGCAGGGUAAGAGGAGCUGCAUUGAAGCUGGGUCAGAUGCUGAGCCUUCAAGAUAAUGCACUCAUAAACCCUCAGCUGCAGAAGAUCUUUGAGCGUGUUCGUCAGUCGGCAGAUUUUAUGCCAACGUGGCAGUUGGAGGUAAGCUUAGACUUAUUUUAACC